ACAGAUAAUAAAAGCAAAAGUAAACGAACUCAAUGAAUUAAAUAUUAUAGUUGAGCUUAGUCAUUUGAGUAUAAAUUUUCAACCGCAAAAUUUUGCUAAGAGGGGCAUGUUACUAGAUACGAAUAAAAUUUUUGAAUUAUUGCUAUUAUCGACCUUAAACUCUCGCAUAUAAUAGCAGCUAUUCGCUUGAAACGCAAAUUAUUGCUGUUGGAAACAAAAAUCACUAAAAUUUUGUACUGCAAUAAAAAGUUUUCUUGAAUUAUAAAUAAACAAUAAUGAGUGUUCGUGAAAUAAAUGAUGAAAACCAUUUCCAAGCAGAGUUAUCAUCAGCUGGUAUUAAGCUUGUUGUUGUCGAUUUCACCGCUGCAUGGUGCGGUCCAUGUAAGAUGAUUGCACCACUAUUUAAUCAGCUUCCUACGAAGUACCCUAAAGCAAUCUUCCUUAAGGUUGAUGUUGAUAAAUGUCAAGACACCGCUGCUUCACAAGGCGUGUCUGCAAUGCCAACUUUCAUAUUCUAUAGGAAUCGUUCGAAAAUUGAUAGGAUCCAGGGUGCUGAUAUUCAAGGAUUAGAAACAAAAAUUAAGCAGCAUUAUGGAGUUGAAGGAGCAAAUGAUGACGCUGAAGAUUACGGACAAGGAUUAAUGGACUUAAAUACGUUCAUUAUGAAGAAUAUGUGUGAAUGUUUAAAUGAAGCAGAUGAUCACACUUUAGAGCACGCUUUAAACAGCGGUGGAGGGUAUCUGGCAUCAGACGUUGAUGAACAACUCAUUAUUUUUCUUACGUUCAACCAGGCUGUUAAAAUUCAUUCUCUGAAGCUUAAGGCACCACCAAAACAUGGCCCGAAAAAGAUUAAAAUCUUCAUUAACCAACCAGUAACACUUGACUUUGAUGCUGCAAGUAGCACCGCAGCCACUCAAGAAUUGGAAAUUAGUCCAAAGGAUUUAGAAAGUGCAAUCUCAUAAAUCUUCGGUUUGUUAAGUUCCAGAACGUUCAAAACUUGACUUUCUUUAUUGUGGAUAAUCAGUCUGGUGAUGAGAAGACAGUCAUCGAAAAUUUUCAAAUCAUCGGAGCUCCAAUUGCAACAACAAAGAUGGAUGAUUUUAAGCGUAUUGCUGGAAAGAAGGGAGAAAGUCAUUAGCACAGAAAUUUUGUUACUUUAAUAAACAAUUUAAUUUAACGAAACAAAAGAAUGGGAAAUUAAUCAGUUGUUGUAACUUGAAACAAUUUCGCAAGAGAAUAAAAAAUUAAUAAAAGAAUUUCAAAAAAAAAAAA